GCCGUUUCCCUCCCUCCUCUGUUUCGCGCCACAUCUGAUCUGAUCCGAUCCGAUCCAGUCGCCGAAACCCUCGCUCUCGCUCUCGCAAUGGCCGCCGCCGCCGCCGCCGCCGCCAUCGUCCUGUGCGAGGACGACCGGGGGAUUCCUCGAUCUCUCACCCUCCUCGCGGCGCUCGUAGAGGAGGAUUCUCGCCUCAACGCCGCCGCCGCCUCCCAACCAGCCGGGAGCGAUCUCGUCCGCGCCUUCCGCGGGCGAUCGGUUCCCAAGCUUCCGAUUCGCGAAUUCCUCGAGCGCAUCUAUCUUCUGGUUCGGUCGGAGGCCGCCACCGGGCACGUGAUCCGCGUCGACGGGACGUGUUUCGUGCUCGCUGGCGUUUAUCUGACGCGAUUCAUCGGCAGCCACGCGGCGCGGGUGGCCGGGAUCGUGGUGCAGCCGUCCACCGCGCACCGGCUGGUGGCCGUCGCGCUGUUACUCGGCGGCCACUCCCCCAAGAACUGGCCCGCCAUGUUCGAGGCGGCCUCAGACCGUGCGAUCGGCACCGGCGAGAUCGCGGGCCUAGAGGAGCGGUUCUUGCGCGCGAUCAGCUCCCGCUUGUUCGUGGACAGCCACGAGUUUAAGUGCUUCUGCGGGGUCCUGGAGAAGGUGCCCCUGCUGCCGCGCGGGAGCUGCGCUAGCAAGAAGAGGCGGGCGGACGCCGUGGCCGGAGACGAGGAGGAGGAGCACCGCCGCGUCCGCGCUUGCCUGCCACCACCCGCCGUGAUGUCCAAUUAGAUUCGAAACUGAAAUUUUAACGAAUUCAAUUCAGUCGAUUCUUGUUUUUGCUGCUUCGUUGCUUUACUUGGUCUGUCUUGAUUUUGCUGUAGGCACAAGGCUUUGAGAAGAAGACGGUGGCAUCUCGUGGCUGGAGGCUGGGGGGCACAGUCCACAAGGUGAAUUUUUGGCCAGCUGCUCGUCGCCAGGGCCUGAAGUGGAGUUCUCGUUGCUCGUCGCCAGGGCCUGUCAAAGGUUGUCUAACGAUUCGAGCCACUGUUUGCUUUUUGAAUGAAAGAGUUUAUUAGUUUCUGUAGGUUUCUUAAGAUUUGAAGUCAAUGGGAAGGGCACAGUUACAAUACUGUAUUUUGUGUUGUGAACUCUGUAGGUUCUGAAGGUUUAGAGGUUCUGGUAUUUUAGCUACUAUAUAUCGAGUCACUGAAAGAGUUUAAUGUCCUGUCAGAUGUCAAAUAAUAGAAAUGCAUAAUGCUGUGGUCCUCUUCGUUAGUGAGGUAUAUCAGGUGAUUAGGAUGCUACCAGAUUCAUGUGUGAUUCUUAUUGAGUUGCACCGCCGCAUCUGUGCUUGCUUGCCACCACCCUCUGUGAUGUGCUUUCCUGCCACCACCUGCCGAAUUAGGAUUUGAAACUGAAAUAUUAACGAAUUCAAUUCAGUCUAUUCUUAUUAUUGUUUUGGUUGCUUCUUUUAUUUCAUCUGUCUUCAAUUUGCUCUUGGUGGAUGCUCGUGGUCAGAGCCGAUGUGAGUCCAAAAGGUGUCUUCGUUUCAGUCUCCAUUCAAUUCAAUUUUGGAUUUUUCUUGUUUUGGUUGCUUCUUCUACUUUGUCUUCAUUUUUCUGUAGGCAGAGAGGGCUGUGAGCAGAAGAUGGUGCUGGUGCUGUAGGCAGAGGGCUGUGAGCAGAAGAUGGUGAAUGCUCAUGGCCGGAGGCUAAAGUGCAGUCCACAAGGUGUGGCGAGUCCAUUGGAGUCAAGAGUCCAAGAGGUGCUUCCUUUCCAUCCGCCGCUCGUUGCUAGAGCCUGAAGUGGAGACAAGUAGUCCACAAAUCUCAAAGCGGAGUCAAAUAGUCCUCAAAUCUUAUUUGUUUUUGGUUAGGAGUUAGGAUUCUGUAAACGCAAGCACCAAUGGAAUCGAUGCUGUGCUGCCGUGAUCUGAAUUAAUGUAACGCAAAACUCUGAUUGUUUGGUUAUUAUUACUAAUGGAAAGGGAAACAUUGGUCAA